AUGAAGUGUCUCUGCAGGAAUGGAAGGGUGGCUGAUGGGAACUGCACGGAGGUGCCCCAGUUCACCCUGGCAGGACUCACCCAACACCCACAACUGAAAUUCCUCCUCUUCGGGCUCUUCCUGGGCACCUACACGCUGACAUUAGUGGGGAACCUGGGCCUGAUCGCCCUCAUCAGGGUCAGCCCCUGCCUCCACACCCCCAUGUACUUUUUCCUCACUGCCUUGGCCUUCCUGGACGUUUGCUACUCCUCCACCAUCAGCCCCAGGAUGCUGCUGGACCUCCCAGCAGACACCAAAGCCAUUUCCUUUGCCGGAUGCCUCGCGCAGCUCUACUUCUACGCCGCGUUCUGCACGGCCGAGGUUUACCUGCUGGCAGCCAUGGCCUACGACCGCUACGUGGCCGUCUCCAAGCCUCUCCUCUACCAGCUCAUCAUGUCCCCCGUGCUCUGCACGAGGCUGGUGGCCGCUUGUUUCCUUGUGGGGCUGCUGAGCGCCGCCGCCCACACUGGCGCGGCACUCCGGCUGUCCUUCUGCGGCCCGCUGCUCAUCGACCACUUC